ACCGGAAGAUGUGUUUUGCACAGCUGUUACGGUGUUAUUAUUUUGACUCAGGCAGAGUUUACUGAUCUAGGUCUUAAAAGAUUAGCAAUAUGUAACAUGAUAACGCAGAGAAAGACAUAUAAAAAUUCCGAAAAUAAAUAUAACAUUUCAUGAACUUAUCCAUUUAUCUGGGAUGUGUACUUUUAGAGCUGUUGACAGCAGUUGAUAUCAGGAUGAGCCAAGCAGCAGAUCAAAUCCCCGGAAUUGGUCAUAUUCGCAGUCCAUUGUUACGUUCAGUUUACAAUAAAAUGAGAGAGGAUGAAAAACAAAAGAAUAAUCCCCACGAUAACUGGUAUACAGUUGAUCUGUCGAAAGUUCCAGAAGAGAUUUGUGCAAAGUUUUUACAGUUUAACCAGGAUGAAGAAACAAGCCAGUUCCUAAACCAAUGUUAUGAAAAAUCUGAUUGGUUAUUUACUCAGCUAGGUCAUUCCUUUUGUAAAUCCGUACUUGGUUGGUUCAUGUCAAGCACCUCAAUUAAUGGAUUACUGAAAAGAGGAUCAAUGUUUGUAUUUUCUGAAGAUCAGCUAAGGCAGAUGUUACAUAUAGCACCAGACUGGAAAGGAAAUGGGUUACUAGAUCUAGGUGCUGGUGAUGGAAUGGUUACAGAUAUAAUGGCAAAAUUUUACAAUGUAGUUGAUACUACAGAAAUGUCACCUACAAUGGUCUGGAGACUAAAGGAGAAAGGAUUUAACGUGAUUCCAGUCGACAUGUGGGACAAUGGUGCUGUAACUUAUGAUUUGAUUGGUUGUUUAAAUUUGCUAGACCGAUGUGAUAAGCCAAUGAAAAUCCUUCAGUCAAUACACAGAUUACUUACCCCAACAGGAAGAGCUAUUGUGGCUGUUGUGCUGCCUUUUGAACCUUAUGUUGAAUUUAAUUCCUCAGAUCAUAAACCUAUAGAAAGUCUUUUAAUCAAAGGGAAGACAUUUGAAGAACAGGCUGCUAGUUUUAUAACAGAUGUGUUCCAACCAUUAGGAUUUAUUGUAGAACAUUUUACAAGACUGCCUUAUUUAUGUGAAGGAGACUUGAAUCAGUCAUUUUUUGUCUUAAACGAUGCAGUUUUUGUGUUAAAACUGAAGGACAACGGGUAAUAAAUGAUUUAAAAUUA